AUGGGUUCCAUUAGAGAGAAAUUGCUGACGAUUGCGACAACAAAACUGUAUACGCAGCUAGAACCAGCAGAGUUACAAUCGUUGUAUGAUGAAUUGAGAUCUUACACGAGUAGUGGUGAUCCCAAUCUUUCACAAUCGACUUAUCUGAAUUUGAUGGAGAUGCUUUUCUAUGUGAAUGUCUAUUUGAGUAAAGAUGUAGAGGCUGAAGUUAUUUACAAUAGUUUCAGGGAUAGGUUUGGUGAGGAUUCCCCCAAUCUGUAUGUGAUGAAGGCAACAUUACUGCAGAUCAACGAAAAUGAUCAAGCCGCCGUCGACUAUAUUGAAAAGCUCAUCAAGGACUCCCUAGAAUACGACACUGAUUCAUUGAGUUAUCUUGUUUUACAGAAAAAGCUGAUAUCGGUUAAGGCAAGAGCCCACGACAACGAAUGGUUAGUAAGUCAAGUUUGUUCGUUGAUUGAAAAAUUCCCGCUAGAUCCUGAGCUUUACUUCUAUGCUGGAAAGCUUUACGAUGAACUUGGACAAUUCAGUCGUGCUGCAUACUGUUACGAGGAAGUGCUAUUGAUAAUGCCCUUCAAUUACGUGGCGUUUGGGAAUUUGGCAGAGUCUAUAUACUACAAAGCCAUCAAGACGGAGAGAUCAGCCAAACUUAAUUAUGACACUCUACAGAAAUCUUUGAAUAACGCAUUGAGAAGUGUCGAACUUAGUGAAAACUAUUUGAAAGGUUGGUCCUUUGUCGCAAUGGUAUCAGAGAAAAUGGGUGAUAAAAAGGAGUUGAACACAUUAGCACGCAAGCGGAUUGAGUAUAUUGCAACCACGUCGAACUCUAAAAAUCGAGCAACCGCUGAACUAGUUUUGAAAAAUCUUUAG